AUGGAGCAUGCAAGACCGCCAACCGAAUUGAGUUUAGAUGGCAGCCCCGUCGGCCGGGCUGACGCAUGGAAGCGGUGGAAGGCACAAUUCAAUCUUUUUCUUAAAGCAUCGGGGGUGCACAAAGAAGAGGGAAGCAUACAGGCGAGUUUGCUCAUUAAUCUGAUUGGAUCAGAUGGAUUUGAUGUUUAUGAGACUUUUACAUUCGAUUCAGAAGAGCAACGUGAGGACAUCGAAAUAUUGAUGAAAAAAUUUGACGAGUAUUUCGGUGUUCAAUCUAAUAUAACAUUACUGAGAUAUAAUUUUUUUACGAGGUAUCAAGAAACUGGAGAAUCUAUUGAUCAAUAUGUAACAGCGUUAAAGUUACUCAGUAAAAACUGUGAAUUUAAAAAUUUAGAGCAAGAGUUGAUUCGCGACCGUAUUGUGUGCGGCAUAAGGAGCACAAUUGUAAGGGACCGGUUGUUACGGACAGAUGAAUUGACUCUGGAGAAAGCAAUUAAAAUAUGUCAAGCUGAUGAAAUGUCAACAGACAGCAAGCGUGUGAUGGAGACAGGUAGCUUCGGCAGUUCGGCGAGCUGCGGGCCCGUGCGCGUUGAGGCGCUGGCGAUGCGCGGUGGCGAGCGGCGCGGUGGCGGACGCAGCGGCGGGCGCGGCGGCCGGCGCGGCGCGCGAGCUGCGCACGGCGGGACCGCGACGUCGCCCUGUCCGCGUUGUGGUGCUCAGUGUACUGAUGUAGAUUCAUGUCCAGCUAUUUCGGUGAAAUGCUAUGUGUGCGGUAACUACGGCCAUUACGCUAGGAUGUGCAAAUGUAAAAAUAGUGUUAAAAAAAUGUAUGAAAUAGAAGUGAAUACAGAAAAAUCUAAUAAUGAUGAUUGUGAGUCGUUUUAUGUAUCUGUGUUAAUGGACAAAACGCAGAACAAAAUCGGCGGCGAUGACUGGUACGAGGUAUUAAGAGGUGAGUGUGGCUUUGAACGUUUUAAGCUGGAUACCGGUGCCGACAUUAAUGUGUUAUGUUAUAAGAGAUUUUUAACGCUAGGGUUUGACACGGAAAUGAUAUGCAAUAAUAAUAAAAUGAAAUUACAGUCGUUUAGCGGGGAUGUUAUUCCGAUAAGAGGAGUUUGUCAUCUUAAAUGGUGGCAUAAAAGUAAAAUGUAUGUUUUAAAAUUCGCAAUAGCAAAUAUUAAUUGUGAAAGUGUGCUGGGUCGACAAGCGUGUUCGGAACUAGGGUUAAUUCAACGGGUUUACGGCAUUAAUUUGGUAGAAAAUUCGGAUCUUUUUGAAGGCUUAGGAUGCUUACCUGGUGAGUACCAUAUAGUUAUUGAUAAAUCAGUUAAACCUGUAGUUUGUGCUCCGCGAAAAGUACCUCUAGGAUUACGUGAUAAAUUAUUAGAAGAAUUAAACAGGAUGACUGACUUAGGAGUCAUUAGAAAGGUCACUCACCCAACACAAUGGGUUAAUUCAAUAGUAAUUGCAGCAAAAAAGAACGGAACAUUGCGAAUUUGCUUAGACCCGAGACCUCUUAAUAAUGCUAUACAGCGUGCACAUUUCCAACUGCCAACCAUUAAGGAACUUGCCACUAAAAUUCACGGAGCUAGUUUUUUUUCAGUAUUAGACGCAAAUUCAGGUUUUUGGGCAAUAAAACUUGAUGAUCAGAGUUCAGACUUAUGCACCUUUAGUACACCGUUUGGGCGCUAUCAGUAUUUAAGAUUACCUUAUGGGUUAAACUGCGCUUCAGAGGUGUUUCAUGCUAAGAUUAAGCAAUUAAUAGAGGAUUUAGAUGGAGUAGAUUCUUUUAUAGACGAUAUAAUAUGCUGGGGACGAAAUAAAGACGAACAUGAUAGGCGUUUAAAUGCAUUAUUAAAUAGGGCUCGUGAAAUUAAUUUAAAAUUUAAUAAAGAUAAAUGUCGUAUAUGCGUUGAGGAAGUAACUUACUUGGGUCAUAUAUUUAACAAAAACGGGAUGAAACCAGAUUUAGAAAAAGUAAAAGCAAUAAAAAAUAUGCCAACUCCAAAAGAACGAAAAUCAUUAGAACGAUUUUUAGGAGCCGUAAAUUAUUUAUCUAAGUUUAUACCUAAGUAUUCUGAGCGUAUUUUUCCGCUUACUCGAUUAUUGAAAAAGGACACAGAAUGGUGUUGGGAGAGUGAACAACAGAAUGCGUUUGAUUUAUUAAAAUAUUUAAUAAGCAAAUCACCCGUGUUGGCUUUAUAUGACGUAUCGCAACCGGCUGUAGUUUCGGUGGACGCGAGCAGUGUAGCGCUAGGAGCCGUGCUGUUGCAGGGCGGCCGACCUAUUGAAUAUACUUCAUGUACACUCACCGACACACAGACACGAUAUGCGCAGAUAGAAAAAGAAAUGCUAGCUAUUCUCUUUGCGUGUGAAAAGUUCCACCAAUAUAUUUACGGUAAAAGUGAUGUUUUAAUUGAAACAGAUCAUAAACCGUUAGAAAGCAUUUUUAAAAAACCCUUAGAUUCGAUACCAGCACGCUUACAGCGAAUGAUUUUACGAUUACAAUGUUAUGAUUUGAUAGUUACAUAUAAGCCUGGAAAAUAUAUGUACUUGGCCGAUACAUUGUCACGUGCUCCUAUUCCAGAACUAUAUAAUGAUAAAGUGAGUGAUAAUGUAUUAUGUCAAGUGCAUAUGAUAGUUUCUAACAUGCCCGUUUCACAUAAAAAAUUAAGUGUAAUUAAAAAUGAGACUUUGAAAGAUAAUAACUUAAAACUUUUAAUGAGAUAUAUAAAUCAGGGUUGGCCGGAAUAUAAAAGAGACAUUGAAGAUAAUUUAAAAUAUUAUUGGUCAAUGAGAGGAGAUUUAUUUUGUGUAGAUGGCGUUAUAUUUAAAAACAAACAAAUAUUAAUUCCCAGUUCCUUAAGAACCGAAAUGUUAAAAAUUAUACAUGAUGGACAUUUAGGGAUAGACCGCUGUAAAAGGCGCGCACGUGAAGUGCUAUUCUGGCCAGGGAUUUCUUAUGAUAUAGAGAGAUAUGUAAAUAGGUGUGUAGUGUGUCGAGAGAAUUCAAAUAACUCGAGUAAGGAACCGAUGAUUGCUGUUUCUAUUCCAAAUUUACCAUGGAGUAAAAUCGGGACAGACAUAUUUCAGUAUGGUAAAAAAUCAUAUCUGAUUAUUGUGGACUAUUAUUCAUGUUUUACGGAAGUAGCAUUGUUACAUGAAACUACUUCUAAAAGCGUCAUAAACGUACUGAGAGAAAAUUUUGCUAGGUAUGGGAUACCAGACAUUGCAAUAAGCGAUAAUGGUCCACAAUUUUCAAGUCGGGAAUUUAAAAACUUUGCGGUGGAGUGGGGAUUUGAACACAUAACGUCAUCACCCAAUUACGCACAAUCAAAUGGUAAGAGUGAAAGAGCCGUGCAAACAAUAAAAAAGAUAUUAAAAAAAUCCAUAGAUAGUGGAAGUGACUUUUAUUUAAAUUUGCUAAGUUAUCGAAAUACGCCUCGCGAUAAUUUGAAUUCUCCCGCACAGCUGUUGAUGGGUCGUAGGUUAAAAUGCAGGCUACCUGUGCACCCAGACCUUUUAAAAAUAGGACAUGUAAAUAAUGAGAGUCAACACAAAGUUAUGCUAGAUAAACAAAAUAAAUACAAAAUGUAUUAUGAUUUACGUGCCAAGCCUUUACCUGUAUUGGAUGUUGGCGAUAAGGUGACUAUGAUAGAAAAAAAUAAUUCUAAAAUUCCAGGUCAUAUCAUUGCAAAAGCGGCGACUCCCCGCUCAUAUUUUAUUAAAACUAAAAGAGGAAUGGUGUAUCGCCGCAAUCGCAGACAUUUAAUAAAAGAUAAAACACAAGAAAAUAGAACGUCAGCACAAAUAGUACAUGAGAAUAAAGAACAUAAUUCAAUGACAACAAAAACUACUUUUACGAGUAGUGAAAAUGAGGAAUAUUCUUCGAACGAUGAAUAUGAACCGACAAUGUUAAAUAUUGAAGUUAAUGAAAAUUAUUCUCCGCCUCUCACUCGAAGUAAAGUAAAUAAAAACAAAAAAUAA